UUCUGCUCGCAAUCCAGGUGCCAAGCUCAGCGUUUCAACCAUGAGUCGGUCAAUGCAGUGGCAAGCAACAGCACGGAGACCUCUAUAGAGCUGCUGUAGAGAGCGGACAGUGCCUCACCCAAGCACUAGUUCCUCACGAGCGUGUUUUCCGUGUCUUGUCCGAACAAUCGACGCAAGCUGGCGGAUCAACGCGCCUUUCAGUUAUCGGAACGUGAGCCGUCGGUGUCGACGUGUGUUUGUAUAAAUACUUCGAACAGGUCGACAGAGAAGAGGGGAUUGUGGUGAAAGCGAAUGCGCGUGUAUCCCGCCGAUGAGUGUGCGAAAUCAGAAUAAAAAUAGUGCAAGCUAACGGUUAUCAGCUGAAACGGACUCGAGACGACGCUGGCUACAGUAAAGUGCAAGGUGUAGUUUUAUUGUGCGCUAAUAUAGUCAAGGUUCAAUAACGAAAAAACAACGGCUGGAUAAAAUCGAAUCAACGGUCGAUUGUGGUUGUAGUUGUUACGGAGGCGCCGAUGACGGAGUACAGUGGCGGUGGGCGAGGACAUGCCUGAGAAUGCAUUGCUUUGGUGCUGGAGCCUUUCGAGUCUGUCAGGCAAAUUGCCCGCGCUGCGCAGGGACUCCCGCACCUCGCAACCCGAUUGCAGUCAGCUCCAGACUGUCGAACCACAAUUGCAGAAACAUCAGCAACAGCAGCAGGCCUACGGGGAGAACGUUAAGACGAUCGAUUGGGGUAAAACCUGCGGCGGCUUGCAGACUUCGCGAUUGGCCGAACUGAAGGGUGUCUUCCUUCAAUCGCAAGAGUCGGCAAAUAUCAUUGAGGGUAACAUCGGAUAUCCGCUCAGCGAGAAGCAGCUCGCCAAAGAAUCAAUCUACUCGCGAGUUUCGAAGCCGGCCCGUGAGAACCGCCAUAACGAGAACGAUCUAAGUGUUGACAAGAAGGGCCGUCGUAGUGCUGGCAGUGCGAGCGGUGAAGCCGUUUAUGAAAGUAUAAUCACUCUUGACCCAUUUGAGAUGAUUUCAAUGGCCCAUUUGAACCAGCUGGGUCAGAUGCAGGUAACCGCUCCGCACCUGCAGCAUCUGCAAAGUCAAUCGACAGGCAGCAUUACAAAUGCGCAACAAGGUGGAAUUUUACCACAAAACGGACCACUACCAGGUCUCAUCCAUGCGAAUGGUAACGGCGGCGGUAUGUGUUUAUCUGGUCCCCCCGUUCACAUCGUCGCAAACCCGAUGGGUCAGGAUUCCCUGUAUACGACGAUUGGUGAUGUUUCUGAGCGGGUAUACGAAUGUCCAGACGAGUGCCCACCACCGGUCCCUCCUAAACAGAUGGAGGUUCUUUAUACAAAACCUACUAAGGUGUUCCCCAAAUCGAACGGGGGAGCUGCGUUGAAAAUCUACAAAAGCCGCGAGAACGUGCCCCCUUCACCAAAUAAGGAUUCGUCCGGUUCUGGUACCUCCUCGUCGGACACGCGAGAUCUCCAACAGGAAAACUAUGCACUGAAGCAGGAAAUUUUGGCCUAUCGAGAACGGAUGAAAGCACUGGCAAUGAAACUCGAGCAAUUCGACGGAAUUUCAGCUAUAGUAGAAGAACUUCAGGGAAAGGUAGAUAAAGUUAGCCAGGAGAAUGCGCGGUUACGAUGCUUCGAACGAGAGCACCGCGAAGCGCAGGAACAACUUAAAGAAGCGCAGCGUCAGUACAAACUCGACGUGGACCAACUCAGCUCGCAGGUGGCGAUUCUCGAUGGGGAACGUAACGACCUCGAGUGUUCGUUAGCAAAACUUCAAGAGGAGCAUGAUUGUCUCAUGAUUUCAUCUCAAAACUCAGUAUCAUUUCAAUACCAUUCACAGGCCAUGCUUGAAGUAAAGAGACUUCUGGAAGAACUUAAAAAUAAGUAUCAAAACGACAAGGAAGCUCUAUUGCUUCGAGUGGAGGCUGCUGAACGGGAUAAAGUGAACAUGAAGGCAAGUGUGUCGCAACUCGAGGAAGAGGUCGCGUCACUGCGUGCCGAGAGAGACCAACUUAAUCAGGGCUAUCGGAAGGCCGUACGUCAGAAGCAGUCGUUAGUCCAACACAUAAAAGAUUUGCAAAGUGAGGAUAGCGAGCUUCAUGCCCUCAUGCAGAGUCUGUUGCAGAGCGCACAUCAGGCCGUUGCCGAGAGGGAUACACUCGAACGGUUGGUAAAGCCUGCUGCUGGCUCAGGCCUGACAAGCCAUGCGGAUACCCUAUCUGCCCAGGAUCAUCGCCAGGUGCCCGCUGGUGGAGGCCAAAUGCUUCAGUCAGUCCAACAGCAGCCACUUGGCCAAGUAAAUCAUUCGAUAAACGCUGAUAGCCAAGCCGGCGAAUGGGUUAACAACCAAAGUUUCCUAUCCUGUUAGUCGUGUUAGAGCGGCCGGUUGGCGUAGGGGUCCUUUAAGCUAAUGCGUAAAGGAUGAAAAUUAUGCUAGGCAUAUAUAUUCGCCUAUAAUAAUGCCAUGAAUAUGUGUGAAGAUGUUGACUUGAGGUUGGUGAUGGCAUCUUCUAUAAAGCAACAAAUGGUUUACAGUUACAACUCUGCUAAUGAAGUCUCAAAGAGAUGGUAAAGCCAAGAAAAGAAAGUGUACGCUUCUAGAGUUAUUUCGGGCAUACCAACGCGUAUUCUUAGAGAAGAACAACUAUGUCUUAAUGUUUUCAAGGACGACUAUUUGGAAAAUUGCGGAUAAACUAGUCGUCUGUCAGCUGACGUGACAUCUUCAUGAUACAGGUCGAAAGAUGAGGUGACAAUGUUUGAUAUCUGAGUGCCCAAAAUGUUGACCUUUGUUAAAAAGAGAAAUUAAACUAAACUAAUGUACUGAAAAUUCGUCUAACUCUAGUACUGGUCCGUUGAAUUCGAUAUAUUGGAUCUAUGUCGAAACGAAGUCCAUUAAAAAGGAGAAACUCCUGAAACAAGCAUAGACGGGUUGUAUGUAUGCUUUCUAUCCUGCACUGUACACUUCAUUACAAGACAGGCGUGAACGUUUGCCUUCAUGCUACGGGAUAAAACGUAGACUAAGGAGGCGACUCUGAUAUGACUGACGAAUUAAUUUGUAGCAUUAUUUGAACCCGCUACCAUAUGCAAAUCUAAUACACCAACCGUGUUUACACAGCGAUGCUCUCUCUCUGAUCGGUUGAUAUAUCUUUAGGUAUAGAUGUAGAUUUAUUGGACGGACCGUCGCGCUGAGAGAGAACGAGAAAGAGAGAGAUGUUGAUGGGAUAACGAGAUCAAUGUUAGUCGGGUUGUGCCUACGCAAUCUCCCGUUAGGUCGUCUGACUCUGCUACUUGACUGACUCAUCGAAUCCGGUUAAGAAAGUGGUCAACACGAUCUUCACCCAUCAAUAACAAUGGCUCAAUGAUGUGCAACAGCCCGUUUUAGACAGGUGGAAUAAAUGAUAACAAACAAUGGGAUGACAUUACUAGAAUAGAUAACCCAGAUAGGACUGGCGGUGAAAAAUGUGACUGACUUCAUCUUGUGCAUUCAGUGAACGAUGGCUAUCUCAUGGGGUCUGCUUGAAUUUUGAGCUGCAAUCAUCUGAAAGUUGCCAUAUUUUACCAUUAUAUAAUAUAUCAAUAUUAUUACUCAGGCGUUUUCGGUUAUUAUCGGCACUGCACAAAGGUUUCGUAACGAUAGAAUUUUUUUUUGGAAUAUAGUGAGGAUAGAAAUUGUGGGCUUCACGGAAUCGAAAAGAGGACCUAGAUUAGAUCCUGAACACAAUCUUGUACGAGGCCUUUCGUUGUCCAAUGCCAGAGUGGACUAUACGCUCUAGCAAGUGCCGAAACAAAAAAGGACUAAGCAUAACGAAGCCGUAAAAUUGGCUCUUUUUUGCAGUGGAUUUUGCAGUACGAGCAGAGAAAUCAAUCGACGAUAAGACUAUUGAUGAAAUAUUUCGUUGAUCGUUUUCAAUGCUUUGUAAAAGGAUCUGAGUCAAUACAACUAUUCACCGCUUUUUUCUGCACCAAGCCACUUAUUUAUUUCGUGUUCUUAUAAGUAAUAUGAACAGCUAGAUUUAAGAAAAUUUUCCUUGAACAUCGGCCCAGUAAGGUCAGAUUUUAGUUUCUCCGGAUCUGUACAGCAAUUGGUCAUGUUGACUCAGGAUCCGAACCGGUAUGAGGUUAUUGUUAAGAGUUUCGCCUCCAUCCUAAGCAUGGCGUAACUACGAAAUCGAAAUUCCAGAAUACUUAGUUAUCUUUACCUGUAAAGAAUUAAGAGAUCAAAUAUUUCAUAAUUUCGUUAUUAUCAUAUCAAGAAAAUUAGAGAUAUCAGCUAUAACAAAUAACUGGUAAAAUACGACCGCAACAUGAUAACUUAGUUGAAAAUUAAACAAGAAAGAAUUGGAAUUGAGAACUGAUUUGCACGUCAGAGAAAGUUGCCACGCCAAUAGUGACAUAGUUACCACUAUAGAUGCCGAAACGGUGCGUGUCAGUAUAUUAAUAGGAAAAAAAAAGGAAAAACAAACUGUUAUAUUGCAGCUAUCACACAAGUGAUGAUGAUGAUGAUGAUGAUUAUUAUUAUUAUUAUUUGUAACCAUUGCAACUGUGUGAAUAAGUGAAUCCGUGUAUUUCACUAUGACAAAUAUGUUUAGGAAAAAAAAAACACCCUGAACGUGCAUGGAGUUCAUCUUCAGCUUUCAUUUUAGACAAAAACGUUAGAUUAGCCACAGAUGACGGAAUGUACAACAAUAUCACUCUAUAAAUAUUUACGUCGGUCAUUAUUAUUAUUACUACUAUUAUGGCUGCCGUUUUGUUGGCUCAACGCAUAACCCUAGGAAAUUCGGUUUGCAACCAGUCGUCGAUUAAUCAGUUAAACGGAUAUCACGACGACUAAAUAAUGCAAACAAAAUAAGGUACCAUAAAUAAGUAUUGUCUAUAGGAGAUGUCCUGCUUUUAGGCACUGGUCUAAACCAUCAAAUUCAUCAAAAGCCUACAAGAUUUAAGAACCAUAAAUAAAAUUUAGUAAAUGAAUUAAGUUACCUUAAACAAUGAGAAUGUAUUUAUUAGCUAAUGCAUUUUAUUAUAAUAAAGACUUGUUGGAAGUUCGGCUUGUGAAUUAUGUAAUGCCUGUUGUGAAAUCAAGUCACGCUGGAUGAUCCAUAACAGUGCGUUUGAGUCAUCAGACCAUCAGUAAAACAAUCUAGGUUUGAAAUCUAGGUCCAGGGCAACUCUGCGGUCUACAGCGAUACCUAUCCUACCAGACAUAAAACUUUUAAAGCCUUUACGUUCUUUAAGCAAAUUUAUUCUAUACUAUCAUAGGUAACGAUUAGGACUAUCAUUAAAUAUUAUGCUCCGAUCUU